UUAGCUUUUCAGUAAACUUUUCGGGAAAACUCUGAGAAAAUAGGCUUUUUCGCAGCUAAAAACUCAUUAUUGCUCAAAAUAAUGACCGUCCUUCCAUCUCCCGCGACACCCCUCGUUCAGUAAAGUAUUCGGAACGGCAGCAACACACCUUUGAUGACUUAUCUUUCGACACCUAUUGAAAAUCUAUACAUCGCCUAUUUCUCUUUUCCAUCGCAAAAACGCACGAAAAAAAUAGAUAACUUGAAUGCGAGCAGACAAUAAUCGUAAAGUUUUGCGUGAAAAACUUUAGCCAAACUCGGGGAAAACAACUUUUUUAGCAUUUUUACCCACAAAUCCAUGCAUAGCGUAGCACUAGCGACGACAGACAACAAAAGGGAGUAUUUUUGGGGUCGAUUACCAUAAAUUUAUACCAAGUAGUAUGAGUGUAUUUACGGAUUUCCAAAAGUGUUGGUCACAAAAGUUUCCCGAAAACUCGCUGACUUCCGAGUGGAAGGAAGACGUUCGGGCCUCGCUCAAAUUGCACAAAGAGAAAAUCGAUUCGCUGGAAAAAGAGUUGGAGAAAGAGAAGCUGUAUUGUAUUUAUUUGGAGAAAUUGUUAAGCGACGCAGAAAAUUUUAAGCAAAAUGAUAAUGAUUCAUCUAGUCUAACUGUUUUGCCCGACUCGAAUGAGCCGAAACCCUCUGACUCGGUACCCGAAUCAUCGUCCGACGACGCAACCAUCAAGGAAACAGAUGCAAUAUAUUUAACGCAAGUAUUAACGGAACUGCAAGAAAAAUCGCAAUCCAAGACGAGUAACGACGAGCAGCUAAAAUCCGAGGCCGAGCCAGCGAGCAAUCAGUAUGUGACGGUGAUCAAGUUACACAACGACGGCGAAUCCACUGUCGAGUCGGAAGAAACGCCGAAACCAGCAGAAAAUAUCGAGAAACCGCAACCGGUGGAAGCAAAACCAGCUGAAGUUAAGCCGCAAACGCGUACCCACAAGUACGAAAAUGUCAUUAUCGAGACAAAGACCAACAAUAACAUCUUGAAACAAGACGAACCACCUACCACACAACAAUCAUCCUUCACGUCGACAUUCAGUAACAUUACGUCUGGAUCAGUAUUAGCGACUGCCGCUGCAUUCGACAAUGCCCGCAAGAAGGUUCCGCCAAAACCACCACCAAAAUUUGCCAAACGCGCACCCGUUGAUGCGCCCUCAAUCCCCAAAAUACUGCCAAAGGACGGCGGCGGCGAGAACAAUGUGAAGCCCAGUCUCAUGCAGAGGCAAAAAUCCAACGAAUCCCUUGAACAAUCACCUCUUGUGGCACGGAGAUCCGUUCAUUCGAUGAAAUCCUCGCUCGAGGAGAAGAAUGGCGAAAGUGUUAGUAGCACACCAACAGGCAGCUUCGGUCGUGUGUCGCCGAAAAGCAACAAAAGUCAGGAGAAAAUUUCAAAUGCAGGCUCCAAAGAGUCGUUAGGGUCUAUUGGCCUGCCAUCCGAUAAGCUUACGAGCUACGAGUCAACGUCCUCACUCAAUUCGGAUGGCUUAAAAACCGGUGCUGGACACGAUAACAACGAACACUAUUACGACAGUGUUCCCAUUGACAACAUCGAGGACGAUUAUGUUUACAUUAAGCCUGGUAGCUUACCGCAAAGUGAACCGCCUACCUCACCAACAGAAGAUAAUCAACGGAAGCAAAUUAAAAGUGUGCUCGAGCCCGAGUCUCCGGGUCGCAAUUCCAAUUACGUAAACAUCGAUUACUUUUUACAAAGUGAAAAGGCUGACGCUAGAAAUAGCUCAAUUGAAAGCGAUGGAGAGCACAACGAUAAGGAUUCCAAUGUCAUUCCAAGUGCAGCACUUAAGAAAUCGCAAGUGCGUAGCACAACAAUUCGUCAAAUCAUUUCCAGUAUAAUCAAUAGUGAGACUUUGUAUGUGGACUGUUUGAACAAGAUGAAGCAAUACAUGAAGGCGAUCCGCGCAGAUUUGUCACAAUCGCACCCCGUGAUAACGAUAACGCAGGAGGAAUUCGACACGAUGUUCUUCAAAAUUGACGAACUCUACGCGGUACACGAUGAAUUCCUCACGGAAUUACGUACGAUGCAAUCGCAGGAGGGCGACAUUUGCGCCGGCAAGGCUUUCAAAAAGCUCACCGACCAAAUUGACAUGUAUGGCGCCUUCCUGCACAACUACGGACGUGCAAUAGAAACUGUUAAGAAAUGUGGUGCAAAUAACGCUCAAUUCCGUGAUAUCGUAUCGAAAAUAGUAUUAAACUCACCAAACGAACAGACGUUGACGCUGGAGGACUUGUUACACAAACCUGUGGCCCGGGUACAAAAGAAUGCCCUCAACUUGCAAGACUUACUCAAUCACACGCCCGAAACGCACCCCGACUAUCAUCUGCUGAAACAAUCACAACGAAAAAUGCGCUCAUUCCUCGCGGAAUUCAAUGUACCCGCGUCGAAAUUCAUGCACGACGACAAGGCGUUGCGACGUCUCGUCAAGAAUUCAUUCAUCGUAGAGCAUUCGGACGGGCAUCGCAAAUUGCGACAUCUCUUCCUCUUCAACGACGUAAUCGCGUGUGCCAAACACAAGGCGUCGGGGCGCGAUCGCUUCGAAUGCGAACUAAAAUGGUUUAUUCCGCUGCAGGAUAUUAACGUGCUGGAAGAUAUUGAAGCUGAACCCAAAGAAUCCAACUUAGUAAACCUCAUCCAGCUAAAAUCGCAGGCAUGCACGGUGCGCGACCAGAUCAUGAUGGAGGAAAAAGAGGAGAAAAAACGUUCAGGCGACAAAUACCGCAAAAAAUUGGCAGACCUCGAAGGUCAAUUGGUGCUCGCCUCACCAAAUUUGGUCCUAAAAUUGAGUAACAAGACCAAUGGAAAAGUCGUCACAUUUUUCCUGAGCUCCGACUUUGAACGAACACAAUGGAUUGACUCCAUAACGACGUUGCAACAGUCAUGCACGCUGCCCGGGACACACACCAUCAACGUUUACGACUUGCAAGCGUGGAUAACGGCCUGCCAAACACACAUUAAAACCGAAAUGGGUUCAUAUUUGCUUCGAUCCGGUCGUGAUGAAAGUCUCCUUGUGGGCGACUUACUUUUUACCGUGCAACAUCUCACCGGAUUGGAACAUGCGGCGGAUUUAUUCAUUUGUAUCGAAGUCGAUUCGUACGGGCACUACUUCCGCAAGGCCAAAACAAAGUUAGUUUGUCAAUCCGCGAAUCCCAUGUGGAACGAAAGUUUCAUCAUCGAAUUGGAAGGCAGUCAAAAUGUUCGCUUGCUCUUGUAUGAAGACGAUCCAAAACGACCAAUUUUACGUGCAAAGCACAUUUUACAAUUGAGCCGACAAUGGUUGAGUGACGAGACGCCUACACAUAAACUUAUUAAAUUAACCGAUAAAUUAACGCUGAAUGUGAAUUUGAAAUUUACGCCGGGCGAACUUAGUCUUCGACGAGUGCCGACUUCCAAGCCGGGAUCGCUUUUCGGAAGCAAAUUGCAAAACGUCUUAAAGCGUGAGAAACGUGAUAUACCAUUUAUUAUAACGAGCUGUAUUCGAGAGGUCGAACGACGAGGAUUGUGUGAAGUUGGUGUGUAUCGUGUGAGUGGAUCCGCAUCCGAUCUCUCAAAAUUGAAAAAAUCCUUUGAAACGAAUUCCUAUGAAGCUGAGCAAUUAUUGAAAGAAGUUGAUAUACAUUCCGUGACGGGAAUUUUAAAAUCUUAUUUGCGUGAAUUGCCUGAAGCAUUAUUUACCGACGCUUUGUAUGUGAAGCUCUUUGAGGCCUACAAUAAAAAUUUGAAACUUUCCGAGGAACAACGAGCCGUAGCGCUUUCAGUCCUGUUUCCAGAAUUACCUCCAUCUAAUCAAGCAACAAUUGAUUUCAUUUUGCAUCAUUUAAUUAGAGUCAACCAGCACGAGACUGAAAACAAGAUGUCUCUGCAUAACCUUGCAAUGGUAUUUGGACCCACAUUGCUGCGACCCGGCAAGACAUCGACGAGUGCAUUCAAGGCUCAAAAGGAAUCCUUUUUGGAAUCCAGCACGGUGGACGUAAUGACACAAGCGGGAAUAUUACUUUGCUUCUUAUUGAACAUAAAAAAUAAGCACUAAAAACAUAUAAAAUAUAUAUUAUUAUUAUAAAAUUUAUUUAUACCAUAAAGCAUACAUUAAUAUAAUAUUUCAUUUUUGAAACUAUCAAACUAA